GGCUGGCUGCCCUCGCGGGCGGUUAGUGUGAGCGAGUUAAAGGUUGGGUGUCUCGCAGCGCCGGCCGUUGGGAGGGUGGAGUGACAGCCCCUCCCCCCCUAGCCCCGCUGCACCCCUCUUAUCCAGCUCCUAUUGAGACGAAGUGCGCAGGGAGGAUAAAAAAAAAAAGACCGGCCAGGUGAGGAAAAAAAAAAAACAGGAGGCAGAGAAAUAAAGGGAGAAAAGAUGUCGCGAGGCCGAACGGCAACGAAGGGGGAGGGGCGGCAGAACUCGGUUCCUUAAAGGGGCAGGCCCGCAUUUAAAGGGGAGUGUGCCACGGAGAGGUUUCCGCUGUUUUUUGUCUGCCGACAGAACAGUGCCUUGUUCUGAGUGGCGGGUGGGUGGAGGAGGCACGUGGGGAGAGCGCUUUUUAAUUACAGGCGCGGGGGGUUGGCCCGAAGGAAUCCCCUCCCCUCCAGCCUACGUAUCGUUGGCCGUAAAGCGGAGGCUUUAAAGCGCUCUGCUCAUGGUCAAGAGAGCAAUUUGACUCUUUGGCGCAGGUCGGGGAAGUGGUGCAGGGUUGAUCUCUCCAAAGGCUGGGCUCGGAUAGUUUAAUCCCCUAUCCUUAAACUUUCGACACAAGAACACGAGCGGAAUUCAAACACUUUAGUGGCUGCUUCGGGAAAUUGCCCCCAAUGCAGUCGUGGAGAAUUGCGUGAAACAAGACAGCCUUAAAUCCUCUGGAAAAACAACAACACUGAAUUGUGUUCUAAAUUGCGUGCGCUCUGUUUUCUAUGUAGUCAGCGUUUAAUUCGAAAGGUUAAAAAUUAAAACUUUUUUGCCAUGCGGUCCUUGGAGUGUGGGUUAUUGCCAGUGUGGCCCUUGGACAUGCAUAAUAACCUUGGCCACUGUUAUUUCCAUGUAUAGAUCAGGAACUGAAGCUAAGAGAUUUUCUUGGCAUACAGGCUACUUAAACUUUUCACAGCUCAUUUGCUCUCCUGAUCCUAGUCUAAGCAUGACUUCAGGCAUCCAUGCUUGUUUAAAAUUAUUUGUGUCUCCCCUUUGUCUUCUCAGCAGACCUCCUGGGUAAUUGACAGAAAUUAAUGACAAGGGUUGAUGGUGGGAAAUGACCACUAACCAGAUUUAAAUGCCACUGUUGUGGCUGGUCCAACUGCUGCUGUUCAAAGUUUCCAUGGUGACCAUCAAGGAAAAUACUGCCCGCCCCCCAUACACACAAUGUGUACACUGAAGCAGUCAGGGCCAGGUAGCACCAGAUGUUUUGGACCCAGGCAAGUGAGGCAUCUCCUGGGCAUCUGGACAGUCUGCAACCGCUGACUCUUCCUGCUAGCAGAAGGAAGAUCCCUGGGGAGCAGGGGUGGGGGGGAAAUGAUGAUGGGAAGGUGUCUGUUUUCCAGGCUGCGGUCUAGGGAUUGGGAACCUGUAGCCCUCCAGAUGUUGAACUGCAACCCCAGUUAUACAUGACCAUUGGUUAUGCUGACGGGCUUCUAGGAGGGCCACCGACUCACCUUCCUUGGCUCCAGAGGUUGCUAUGUAAUGGACUUUUAUGAGUUCAACACCAAGUAGGGACCUAACCCAUGUGUGUGUUUUGGGCAGGGGGGAGGGGGGGAGUCAGCCUCCUAGGAAGAACAUAAUGUCAUGGUAAAGAUCAUCCUGAGAAGGAGCAGCUGUUCCAUCGUGAGUUGUAUUUUCUUCCCUCUCCAUUCCUUUUCCCUCUUGUAUCAUGUCUACUAGAUUGUGAGGGUAGGACAAAGGACUGCCAUUUUUAAAAUACUGGUACAGUACUUAGCAAAUUUUAAUAAUAAUAAUAAUAAUAAUAAUAAAAUUACUCUCCUCAAAUGCUGCAUUCUUUUAGUCAGGGCUGUUCAAACAUUCACUUUCAAUCAUAAACCAAAAUGACUUCCUGUGCCUGUGAGCAUCACUGAACGACCACUGCUUUUUAAAGGUGGCAGGUCCAUUUGAGGUGAUUUUUACUCUCUCAUUUCCAACUAAGGGGCUAUGUGUAAGAAACACCCCAGUAAUUCCUGGAGUUUGUAAGGUAAGUGCUAGUUUGCUCAGCUAGUUUCCCAUUUGAAAGUGAAGCGGUAAAGUUCCUAUGCAGAUUUUACUGCCUCAAGCACAAAUGGAAAGGUGCCACAGCUCAGUGGUAGAGCACAUGCUUUACAUGCUGACUCUCUCAGCUUCAGUCUUUAAGCAUCUUCUGUUUAGUGAUGGAAAACCUGUGUGGACAGUAUCAAGCUAGAUGGACCAAUAGUAUGAUUUAGUAUAGGAGAGCCUCUAUAAAUGAGGCUAGGUCUGUCACAGUUACAAUAAUGGUGUUCUCUCUUUCUCUGUAUGUGUUUUUCUAGCAGGUGAACUCUGGUGCAAUGGUGGGAGCUCAGCAGCUAGAAAUGCAGGCAGCGGCAGUGCCAGCAGUGGCCCCAGCAAGUGGAGGCCCCAGUGGCAGCAGUGGCGACCACCAGUAUGAGUGCCUGGAAUGUGGCAAGGUAUUCAAAUGGUCAUCGCGGCUCAUCCACCACCAGAGGACUCACACAGGCGAACGCCCUUACAAGUGCUCAGAGUGCCCCAAGGCCUUCAAGGGGUCCUCAGCCUUACUGUACCACCAGCGCGGACAUACAGGGGAGCGACCUUACAAGUGUGACAAGUGCGGCAAGGCAUUCAAACGGUCGUCCUUGCUUCAGAUCCACCAGAGUGUGCAUACUGGCCUGCGUGCCUUCAAGUGCGCUCAGUGUGGCCUGGCCUUUAAGUGGUCCUCACAUUACCAGUACCAUUUGCGCCAGCACACUGGCGAACGCCCCUACCCUUGCCCGGCGUGUGACAAGGCCUUCAAGAACUCUUCCAGCCUGCGGCGCCACCGCCAUACACAUACAGGCGAGCGCCCCUAUGUCUGCCUCAUCUGCAGCAAGGCCUUCACGCAGUCCACCAACCUGCGGCAGCAUCAGCGGGUGCAUACUGGCGAGAGGCCCUACCGAUGCCAAGACUGUGGUAAGGCCUUCACCCACUCUUCCAACCUGGCGCUGCACUGCCGAUCGGCACACGCUGCCCGCCCCGCCCACACCUGUGUUAUCUGUGGCAAGGCCUUUGCAUCGGACACCUAUCUGCAGCGGCACUUGGAGUCUCAUGGGGACAUUGCGCCUCCAGCACAGCUCUUCUUGGAGGAGCCAACCACCACUGUGGAGAUGCUGUUUCGGUGUAGUGUCUGCCAUCUCACCUUCCCCUUGCAGGAGCAGCUGCUGAGCCACCAGGAAGCACACUUGGCCCCAGCAGAGCCACUGCCUCUGCCACCACCACCACCGCCACUACCAGUGCAGGAGGAGGUGGCGGCUGUAGCAUCCCCCACACCCUCCCUAGCUUGCUCUGUGUGCACUAAGACUUUCAAGAGUGCCGCGGGUUUAGCACGGCACCAACAGAGCCAACACUCAUCCGAUCGCACCUACACCUGCAUGGUGUGUGAACGCUCCUUCCCGGCACUGGCCAGCCUGUUGGGCCAUCAGCGUUCGCAUCCCCCGGCUGAACAACGGUUGGAGGAAGCAGAGGUGACGUGCCCAGCACAGGCAGAGCCAGUGCCUGCAGCCACAGUGACACCACCCCCACCCCCUGAGCGCCCCUAUGUGUGUGGAGAGUGCGGGAAGUCAUUCAAGGGCUCCUCUGGGCUGCGUUACCACCUCCGUGACCACACGGGCGAGCGCCCCUAUGCUUGCGGCGAGUGUGGCAAAGCCUUCAAGCGCUCCUCGCUGCUGCGUAUCCACCAGCGGGUGCACACGGGCUUGCGUGCCUUCACUUGCUCCACCUGCGGGAUGGCAUUCAAAUGGGCUUCCCAUUAUCAGUACCAUUUGCGGCAGCACACCGGCGAACGCCCCUAUGCUUGCCAAGAUUGCGGCAAAGCCUUCAAGAACACCUCGUGCCUCCGGCGGCACCAGCAGUUGCACACCGGUGAGCGGCCCUUUGCCUGCCAGACCUGUGGAAAGUCCUUCACGCAAACAUCCAACCUCCGGCAACAUCAGCGGGUACACACUGGCGAGAGGCCCUAUUGUUGCCGGGACUGUGGCAAGGCCUUCACCCACUCCUCCAACCUGGCGCUGCACAGACGUACCCAUUCGAGGGAGCGCCCCUUCCAGUGCCCGGUUUGCUCCAAGGCCUUUGUCAUGGCCUCUUACUUGCAGCGCCACUUCCGCACCCACAACAGUGCUGAGGCGCCCAGCCGCCCAGCCACCACCUCACCUGCCACCACUCAAGAGGUGCAAAUCAUGCCUAACUUGCAGGCCACUCUGAAUAUGGAGUUAAGUGGCAGCCCAGCCCCUCCUGUCUCGUCAAACACUCAGACUUUCCUGCUUGUGCAAACAUCACAGGGCUUGCAACUUAUCCCCAGCAUACAGCAGCCGCCGCAGCCACCCCCACCCCAAAAUUUACCCCCCAAACUUAUCCUGCUGCCUAGUCCCCAGGUGCCCACUACAUCCUCUGCUCCCACCAGCAUUACCCUGUUGCCAGCUGCUCCUACCACCCCAGGCAAAUCUGCCCUGGUCCGUCAAGGUAAGGCCAAGAAACCUGCGCCGUUGGCUCCCCCACCACCAUCGGUGUCUGGCAACCAGAAUAUCAUUUUGAUGCCCAGUGCCACCGGGGCCAGCGUGCAGCCCCUCUCUAAUGUGCAAAUCCAGAGGACGCCAGGGCUGCAGACUAGCGGACAGAAUGUUAUUGUUCUCCAGAGCUUGCCAGAACAGCAACUGGGCACGGUGCAGAUCCAAACUGUGCCAGCUGCUCCACCAACAGGCACCAUUCAGAUUCAAACCUUGCCCCAGCCCCUCCAGAGCUUUCCCACUGCCCAGCCAGGUGGCACUUUGCAAAUUCAGACUGUACCUGCUUCACAGCAACCUGGCACAAUCCAGAUCCAGGCCUUCCCACAGCCUCCACAGACUGGCAUUGUGCAGAUUCAAAGCCUGCCCCUUCCCCAGAAUACCGUCCAGAUCCAAAGUUUGCCCACCUCCCAAUCAGGAGGCACCGUGCAGAUCCAGAGCCUGUCUAGUUGUCCACAGACUGGCACGGUGCAGUUUCAAACUCUUCCACCUUCUCAGAAGAUGAACACUGUACAAUUCCAAGCUGUGCCAUCCUCUGAGCAGGUAGGGACCCUACAGCUCCAAACUCUCCAGCCUUCCCAGCAAGUGGGCCCCAUUCAGAUCCAGACCUUGCCAUCCCUGCAGCAAACCAGCCCUCUGCAGAUCCACAGCCUGUCCCCCUCCAAUCAGUCUUUGACCAGCGUCGAAAUCCAGAGCCUCUCACCUUCCCAACAGCUGGAUGGCACCAUUCAGAUCCAGGAGCUGGUUUCUUCUCAGGAAGGGGAACAGCUUCAACCUUCAGAGGAGAUGACCAGUGUUCAGCUUCAGACUUUGAGCCCACCACAGGAGAUGAAUGAGGUGGGGACUUCUCUGUCCAGCUCCCAUGAGCUCUCUGAGGUGGACCUCCAACAGGGACCUGGUGUGAAGGAGGAAAGCCAGGACCUAAUUGUGGUGCAGAACUCUCCAGGGGAGGAGCUUCUGGGGCCAGGCGGGGAGGUGGAGAGCCUGGAAGGGGUGCAAGACAUGCACUUUGAAACUUUACAGACCGAUGAGGGAGUUCAGAAUGUGUUGGUGCUGAGAAGUGCAGGAGGAGAGCAGACCCGGUUGUGCGUGCAGGAGGUGGACAACAUCCAGACAGUGCAAGAGCUGCCUGGCCUCCAGCUGCAAGGGCCCGAGGGUAGUGCCGGGACUGGGCAGAACCUCCUGAUCAUCCGUAGUGCCCAGGGGGAACAGACCCUCCAAGUGCUGGAGAGUGUGCCAACACUGCAGGUGAGCAGCCCAGACAGCACCCAACCUACUGGGGACAGCAACAGCACCUCCCAAAUGGUGCAACUUCUGCCGAGCCCAGUAACUUCGCAAGGCCUGCCCUCCAUUCAGAUUGUGCAAACGGUACCCAACAUGCAGCUUGUUCACACUUUCUGAGGACAGGUGUCCCCAUCCCUGCGUUGGAGUACCAACUGAGACUCAGUUGUACUCUCACUAGUGGCUGCUAUAAUUAACUGUGUUGCCGGACGGGAUCGACCUGGGCAACUUCAAGACUCCUGGAGGUGGCUCUGCUUAGGUUCCUCAGGACAGUGUCAUGAAAUGACAGCAGAGAGCUUAGCUCACGCCCAUGCCUGCAGGUCCAAAGCAUACCCUUGAUUCCCUCACUUCCUGCUCACAUGGGGAUUGCUGUUGCUGCUCAUGUCCUUGCAGUUACAAUGACUCCACUACCAUGUCCUUCCCCCAAACACUUUUGUCUUGUUUUGCAUGUGAGAAAGGGAUAGCCAGUCCAGUCCUUGAUACAAUCCCUAACCUACCCAUUUCCCCAUCGUGUCUGAAAUGCGUUGUUCCAACAAGAACCAAAUGUAUGUGCAGUCUGAUGGUUGGAAGACUGUGCAGCCAGAAUUCCUGGUUUUUUUCUCCACACUAGACAGAAAAUAUAGUUAGUAGAUAUCAACUGGACUGCUGGCUUCUCUCCAUUUCCCUGCCGUGUUGCAAUUUUGGAGCUAAGUGCUGUGGAGCAGUGUGAGCUCUUUUUAUGUAUUAGAAAAUGGGGAAAGUUUGAGUUUUGGGGUCUUCCUUUGAUACUGGGUGCUGCAGGAGGCUGCUUUAUGAGCUGUCAUAAACAGCAUCUUUUUCCGGUUAAGCCCCUCUUAUCUAUUCUCCAUUCCAGCCCCUCACCAUGUGCAGAACCACAUUUCUUCCCAAAUGUACCCCAGUUCCUGGUGCUAACAGACAAGAGGGUCAUAGACUCUUGGUCUAGAAGAAAAAUAAAAGACUGCUUCAAAGC